AUGCAGAACGGGGAACAGCGCCAGCAGGCCAGCGGACCAGUCACCACGCUAUUGCCACCGCCGAAAGCCCUGGACACCACAGGAGACGUAUGGCGAAGCUGGAAGACAUGGCGGCAAGAGUUCGAGCUCUUCGCAACGGCAACAUACCUGAACCAGCAACCGAAAGAGGUACAGGCAGCCACCUUUCUUAUGAUUAUCGGAGAGGACGCACGCAAGACGUACAGCACUCUUGAUUUUGCAACUGACGAAGAGAAGUCGGACGUAGAAGUACUGAAAAUGAAGUUUGAGGCAUUUUACAAACCAGCUCUAAACUUAGCCUACCAUGAGUUCCGCUUUGGAAAGUGCGACCAAAAGGACGGUGAAAGUUUCAAUGACUGGCUGACAGACCUCAGAUUAGACACAGGCGCAACAUGCUCGGUUAUAGCACGCAGCCAGCUGCAGAAAAUAACAAACAAGCAGCCACUUGAUUGCAACGUUGUUUUAAACACAUUUUUUGGCUUCCAGAAAAAAGCGACGAAACAAGUUCGUCUUGAAGUGGCAACGAGAGAAAGCAAGAUUCUGACAGAGUUUUUCGUCGUGGAUGACGAAAUCGCCGUGACCUUGAGCGGUACAGUUGCCGAAGAGCUUGGCUUGCUCCAACGUGUCUGCUCUGUCGACCAAAUAGAGCUUUACGGCACUGCCAAGCCUUACGAAGACGUGUUUGAAGGUCUGGGUCAACUGGAGGGUAUUGUCUACCAUCUAAAGCUCAAGCCCGGGUCCCAGGGAGUAGUGAAACCAGCACGGCGGAUUCCAAUAGCAUUGCAAAGCAAGGUGAAAGCUGAGCUCGACCGCAUGGAGACUGCUGGAGUCAUCGUGAAAGUGACCGAGCCGACAGAGUGGGCCAGCAACAUGGUCGUUGUUACAAAAGGAGAGAAGGAGUCCGUCCGGUACUUGGGACACAUUUUGACGCGCGACGGCCUGAGCCUGGAUCCACAGCGGCUAGAAGACAUCUUGCAAGUCCAGACGCCAAGCAACCAGAAAGAGCUGCAGACGUUCCUGGGCAUGGUUUCAGACAGACGGCUGAGCCAAGUUCUACAAGAGACCGACCAGGACCCUGUGAUGGUGAAACUUCGACAGUACGCAAGCAGUCAGUGGCCGGAGAGCAAAGCUGACGUCAGCAGCGAGCUACGAUGCUACUGGAGCUUCCGCGACGAGCUGCAUACGCAAGAUGGCCUUGUAUUCAGGAGCAACCGCCUCAUCAUUCCGGCCAAGAUGCGCAGCGAAGUUCUUGCCUGCCUUCAUGCAGCGCAUGGGGGAGCAGAAAAAAUGAAAGCACGUGCUCGAGCUGUACUUUUUUGGCCUUCUAUAAACAGCGAUCUAGAGGAAGUUGCUCGACGCUGUGAGACCUGCCAAAAGCACAAGCCACGAAAUCGGCGCUUGCCAUUGAUGAACCAUGAAAUUCCUAGCCUACCCUGGGAAGUUGUGGGAGCCGACAUAUGCUAUCACAAUGCUACCGAGUACUUGGUGGUUGUUGACUUUUAUUCUUUCUUUUUCGAAAUCAGGCCCGUGAAGACGACAGCCGACAAGGUGAUUGCUGCCUUCGCAGACAUAUUCGCCACUCAUGGCUUCCCGCAGCGCCUAUGCACGGACAAUGGACCGCCAUUCAGCAGCCAGACUUUCGUGAAUUUGUCGAGACUCAUGGGCCGAAAUGCGAGGACGCUGCUGCCAGUCACGGAAACCCACCUGCGACCGCAGACCAUACCGCCAGAGGAGGUUCAACGGCGGCUCCACGUCAUCAGAAGUAGACAACGUUCCUACUACAACAGGGGUACAAGGCCGCUACCAGGACUUCCUGAGGGCUCCAGCGUCACAGUGUACAACGUACCAUCAAAGACCUGGUCCCCUGCUACGGUUAUCAAGCCUGCCAACAGUCCGAGAGCCUACAUUGUUGAGACCGAAGAUGGACUCCAGUUGCAGCGCACCAGAGAACAUCUCCGUCUGGCCCCCACCCCACUGGUGCCCCCCACACAAGAACAUCAAGCUGACGUGGGCCCCGCCGAGCCACAACUACGCAGAAGCGAACGCAAUCGCCGGCCACCGCAAAGAUACCCCAUGCCGGAACUUUAG